UAGGUCCAGAAGAGUCUACUCAACCAUUCGACAAUAGCUUUACGAACGACGAACCCCCGUAAAACCCACCCAACGAUAUCGACGCUUCACGCAAAGGAAGCUAACUAUUAAGCGUUCGAAUACCACAUAAUCGCACGCGAAGACCUAAAUGUCAGUUACGCUUCACACUAAUCUCGGCGACAUCAAGUGCGAAAUCGCUUGUGAUGAAGUACCUAAAGCAUCGGAGAAUUUUCUUGCAUUAUGUGCGAGUGGAUACUAUGAUGGCACCAUUUUCCACAGAAACAUAAAGGGAUUUAUGAUCCAAGGUGGAGAUCCCACAGGAACAGGCAAAGGAGGGACAAGUAUUUGGGGUAAAAAGUUCAAUGACGAGAUACGUGACUCUCUCAAGCACAAUGCAAGAGGUAUGCUAUCAAUGGCCAAUAGUGGGCCCAACACUAAUGGGAGCCAGUUCUUCAUCACUUACGCUAAGCAACCGCAUCUGAAUGGAUUGUAUACCAUUUUUGGCAAAGUGAUUCAUGGAUUUGAAGUUCUUGAUCUUAUGGAAAAGACUCCAACAGGAGCUGGGGAUCGACCUUUGGCAGAGAUUAGGAUCAACCGUAUCACAAUCCAUGCUAACCCUCUUGCUGGUUAGUCUUGAUAUAAUAUUAUUCGAAUAGGAAUAUUGUCUAUUUCAACUUUUCAACAACAUUCUCGUUUAUGCUCUAGAAAUAGACAUGUAUGUAACCUUACACAUCCAUAACAGUCUUUUCUUUUCCCAUUAAGUGUUGUUUCAUAAAUGAUGUAUGAAAAAUAUCCAAGUAAAAAGCUUUACAUUAACAGGAAAAACCCACAUUUCCUCAA